AUGUCGGACUGCAGCCACGAAUCUGAUGACAAAGAGCCCAACAGCGGGGAGCUGGAUGAGGACGAAAUCCUGGCAACUCUGUCUCCUGAAGAAUUGAAGCAACUGCAAAACGAGAUGGAAGAUCUGGACCCUGACCCGCUUGUGCCCUUAGGGCAGAGGCAGAAAGAUCACACAGAGAAGGCUCCCACUGGCUCCUUCGAUCACAGGUCCCUGAUUGACUACUUGUACUGGGAGAAGGAAUCGAGCCGACUGCUGGAGGAGGAAAGGAUCCCGGUCACUCUGCUGAGCAGCGAGCAAACUGUAGAAGGAAGAACUGAAGAACCAACAGCUGAAAAGGAGUGUGAGGAAGAAAAGUGCAAGAGUGAAAGAGACAGAGAUAACGAAGAAGAAAGUACCGAACAUUUGAAUGGAAAUGGUCAGUGGAUUCAGAAAGUGGAAGAUGAUAAGCAGGAGAACAAAGAGAUCAAAUACAAAUCAGAGAAAGAAAAGGAGACAGUAGAGACGAUGAAGGCACAGCAAGUCAAAGAUCCACCAGUGACUGAACCUAAACCUCAAACUGAAGGGAAUGGCAGUAACCAGCUGGUGGGAUCAGGGAAGACCAGCCCAGAUCAGCCUAAUGAUCAGCAGAAGAUUGAAGACCCCAUUCCCUUGUGCAACAAGAGAGAGCCUGGUUCUCCCACUGAAGAACAGGUUGAAUGCAAUGACAGCAAAAAGGGCAGCAAAGAAGAAAUUUCUACACCACCUAAAGAAAGCCAAGAAAAUACUGAGGUGAAAUCAGGAAAAGGAAAGGCAGGAAAGAAGAUAGGAUUGGACAGCAGUUUUCUCAAACUGACUGCAAGGCCUUCGGGAAACCCAACGCUCUUAGACGAGUCAUUGGCAGAUAUUCGCAAAAACAAACCUGACCUUAAAGAGGUCAACCUGAACAAUGUGGAAAACAUCCCAAAAGAUAUGCUGAAAAAUUUUGUGGAAGCUUUGAAGAAGAACAAACAUGUCACUUCAUUCAGCAUCACAAACACAGGCGCUGAUGAUGAAAUCGCCUUUGACAUAGCCAACAUGCUAAGAGAGAACAAAAAAAUUGUUACCCUUAAUAUUGAGUCCAAUUUCAUCACAGGAAAAGGCAUUGUGGCUAUCAUGAGGUGCUUACAGUUCAAUGAGACUCUCACUGAGCUGAGGUUUCACAACCAGAGACAUAUGUUGGGUCACCACGCUGAGAUGGAGAUUGCCAGACUUCUCAAAGCCAACACCACCCUUCUGAAGCUGGGUUAUCACUUCGAGCUGCCAGGACCUAGAAUGGUGGUCACCAACUUACUAAGUCGCAAUCUGGAUCAACAGAGACAAAGGAGGUUGGAACAGCAGAGAAACCAGUUCAUUCAGGAACAAGAAGUGACAAUGAAUGCCUGUCAAAAAAUUAACCCGUGCCUGCUGGAGAUGUUGGGUGAAUACGUGCCCAUUCACUCCACUCUCUGUGAAGAGCCUCCUCUCCCACCAAAAACCUGUUACAAUCGUCCAAAGAACAUUGUUCGAGUACAACUCAGAAAAACUCCCAAAAAACAAAGUAAAAUUAAAGCUGGUACUACAGAUGGGAAUGACAAGCCAAACCUGAAGGCAAUGAUAAGUUCACUAAAGCCAGUUCCCAGGUCUCGACAAGCACCUUUAGUUGAAAAUACCCCUCGAGAUCUGUUGUUAAAUGAUAUUCGUCAGAGUAACGUGGCUUAUUUAAAACCUGUUCCACUUCCAAAGCUGUUGAGUUGAGCCAGUAUGCCAGCAGCUUGGCUAAAAUUUCAGAGCUGUGCAACAAUAGGGAUGGAGUGUCACAAUCAAACAUGGACAGUUUCCUACUGUUUGCAUUUCUGUGUGGGAACAAUU